UGCCACCGCCGCCUCGCCAGUCGAUGGCGAGGAAAGCAUCGAAAGAAAGAGGUAAAACCUUUGACAUUGCAUACCUUGUGUCGAAUGUGAUUGGUCGAGAGAAGUGAUUGGUUGGAGAGUUUUUUGGCUGGCGGGGACGUGGAGCGCAUUAAACAGGAACAACCUCGGCACCGAGCAAGCAUGGGCAUUGUCAAGAACGGAAAAGUUGUAGUGUUGUUGAACGGCCGAUACGCCGGCCGCAAGGCCAUUGUGGUCAAGACGUAUGACGAAGGCCACGGCGACCGCAAGUUUGCCCACGCCAUUGUGGCUGGUAUCGACCGCUACCCCCGCAAGGUCACUCGCUCGAUGGGCAAGAAGAAGGUCGCCAAGCGCUCCAAGAUCAAGCCGUUCGUGAAAUACGUCAACUACAACCACAUCUUGCCGACCCGCUACGUGGCCGACAUCGAAUUGAAGAAGGUGCUGGACGACGAAGUGUUGGCCACCCCCGAAGCCCGCAUUGAAUCCCGCAAGACGAUCAAGAAGGUCUUUGAAGACCGCUACUUGAACCAAGGCGCGACCAAGUCGGAAAAGAAGGCAGCCGGUGUGUCGUUCUUCUUCAAGAAGCUCCGCUUCUAAAUGGUGGGCUCGGACUGCAUCCUUGCCGCCUGUGCUCUGCAAUGGACGUCGGCACGUGCGGCUGUCGUCGUGUGGGGCUAACACUACAAUACAUGAGACUGUUCCGCUCGCAGGUCAUUCCCGGCGGGCGCGUUCACGCCAAUGCCAUCAUCAACUCCAAUUCUUUUCUGUCCA